UUUAUGGAACAGACAUAUGAAUAUGCGUGGAUCAUACCUUUCAUUCCACUUCCAGUCCCUAUGUUAAUAGGAACGGGACUUAUUGUUUUUCCAACGGCAACAAAACGUUUUCGCCUUAUGUGGGCUUUUCAAAGUGUUUUAUUUUUAAGCAUAGUCAUGAUUUUUUCAAUCUACCUGUCUAUUCAGCAAAUAAAUAGUUCUUUUUAUCAAUAUGUAUGGUCUUGGGUCAUCAAUAAUGAUUUUUCUUUAGACUUUAGAUACUUGAUCGACCCACUUACUUCUAUUAUGUCAAUAUUAAUCACUACUGUUGGAAUUAUGGUUCUUAUUUAUAAUGAUAAUUAUAUGGCUCAUGAUCAAGGCUAUUUGAGAUUUUUUGCUUAUAUGAGUUUUUUCAUUACUUCCAUGUUGGGAUUAGUUACUAGUUUGAAUUUGAUACAAAUUUAUAUUUUUUGGGAAUUGGUUGGGCUGUGUUCCUAUCUAUUAAUAGAAUUUUGGUUUACACGACCUGUUGCGGCAAAUGCUUGUCAAAAAGCAUUUGGAACUAAUCGUGUAGGGGAUUUUGGUUUAUUAUUAGGAAUUUUAGGUUUUUAUUGGAUAACGGGGAGUUUCGAAUUUAGAGAUUUAUUCAAAAUAUUCAAUAACUUGAUUUAUAAUAAUGAGGUCAAUUUGUUAUUUCUUACGUUAUGCGUUGUUCUCUUAUUUGCCGGUGCAGUUGCUAAAUCCGCCCAAUUCCCCCUUCAUGUAUGGUUACCUGAUGCCAUGGAGGGGCCUACUCCUAUUUUGGCUCUUAUACAUGUUGCUACUAUGGUAGCGGCGGGAAUUUUUCUUGUAGCUCGGCUUCUUUCUCUUUUUAGCGUUAUACCUUACCUAAUGUAUUUGAUCUCGGUUAUAGGAAUAAUACAGUAUUAUUAG